AUGUGUGUGCUGCUGUGUACGGACGUCGCUGCUCGAGGUUUAGAUCUUCCUAUGGUUGACUGGAUUGUACAAUUUACAGCUCCGAUAUCAACAGCAGAUUAUGUACACAGAGUUGGUCGUACUGCGAGAAUAGGUGCCAAGGGAAGUUCUGUUAUAUUUCUGUUACCCAGUGAAGCUGGAUUCAUCAGACAGUUAGAACAGGAUCAGAUUCCAUUGAUGGAGAUGACCCUGGAAAUGGUAUUAGAGAAACUACAAAAAUCUGGAAUAAGUUCUACUAAGACUGGUGAGAAAGCUAGAACUAUGGAGGAGGCAGCUACUAAUCUUCAGAUUAGGAUAGAGAAUGCUGUUACAAGGGAUAAAAAGUUAUAUGAGGAGGCAUGUCAGGCCUAUGUUUCCUUUGUCAGAUCCUACGCAUCAUAUCCAAAGGAGGCUAGAGAUGUUUUCUGCUUUAAAGCUCUUCACUUAGGUCAUUGUGCCAAGAGUUUUGCUUUGAGAGAUCCACCUUCAAGAAUUACAGGUAUUGGUAAAGGACAGUGGACCAGAAAGCAGGAGAGGAAAGAUUCUGAUCUUAAGAAAGAAGGAAAGAUAAUCAAGGCUCAGAAACGAAGAAUCAACGAAAAAGGAUUGAUUGUAUCCGAGUUCUCGUCAGGAUUAGACGGAAUUCAGUCUCAGGCUAAGGAGGCAAAAAGACUGAAGAAAGAAAAAGAAAUGACCUGGAAUAAUAAAAAAUAGACGUGAAAGCAUUAACAUGAAAAUUUUCCGAAUAAAAUUUAUUUUUGAAACAAU